GGAAGAAGGAGGACGACAUUAAUUAUGAGUUCCCCGAUUCAAAGAUGGUCUCUCAACGGCUUCACCGCCCUCGUCACCGGCGGAACCCGAGGCAUUGGAUACGCCAUAGUUGAAGAGCUUGCUUCACUUGGGGCUGCCGUACACACCUGUUCGCGUAACCAAACAGAGCUGGACCAAAGGGUUAAAGAAUGGGAGCGAAAGGGGUUCGAAGUCAGUGGCUCUGUUUGUGAUCUCUCUUCAAGAUCUCAGCGAGAGCAGCUCAUUACCACUGUCUCUUCCAUCUUCAAUGGAAAGCUCAACAUUCUCGUGAACAACGCAGGGACGGUAACACUGAAAUCAGCAGCAGAGCACACAACCGAAGAUUACAAUAAUAUAAUGAGCACCAAUUUUGAGGCCCCUUAUCAUCUCUCCCAAAUUUCGUAUCCAUUUUUGAAGGCGUCUGGUUAUGGAAGUAUUGUUUUUGUGUCGUCCGUUGCGGGAGUCGUCGCUUUACCAAAAGUAUCAAUCUAUGCGGCAUCCAAAGGGGCGAUUAACCAAAUCACGAAGAACUUGGCGUGCGAAUGGGCGAAGGAUAAUAUUCGUGUCAACGCUGUGGCUCCGUGGGCCGUGAAGACUACAAUUUCUAAGCCGGAUGCGGCGGUUGUGGAGGAAUAUAGUCGGCUGCUGGAGCGGACGCCGGCGGGUCGAAUUGGAGAGGCGAAUGAGAUAUCUUCAGUGGUGGCGUUUCUGUGCCUUCCUGCGGCUUCUUACGUGACUGGGCAGGUCAUUUGUGUGGAUGGUGGGUACACAGCCGGUGGGGGCUAGACUUCAGUAUGGGCUGUGCAUUUGUGUGGUGUAAUGUAGCAAUGUUUUCAGUUUAUGUGUAUCAUCGGAAGUGGUCAAAGCCAGAAAGCAAAACGUUAAACAGUAGGCACAGUGUCUCAGUCUGAAAGAAAAUAAAAUGUAUGAAUAUCGGCCAUGUGAUGAGAUAAGGUCCGCCUUUGAGCUUUCAUUUUCUAUUUUAA